AUGGGACGCUUCUGGACGUGCCUGCUCACGCGGACUGUCCGCAUAUGGUACAUGGAACUUCGUGGAGGCACACAAGGACGGGUGCCUGGAUAUGCAGCUCCAGAUGGAGCAAAACCUUUGGGUGUUGGGGUUUUCGGUGGAAGGUCCGGGAUUGGACGCAGGCAAAAUCUCGACCCCGAGAGGAUGGAUGGCUCGGUAUACAAAUGCCUGAUUUCGGCUCGUCACUACUGUACAGUGUCGAAAAUUCUCUGUCACUCAUAUACGAAAAUUGCUUUGGAGCUGUCUAGCUGUAUUGACCCCGUCCUCGCAUUCCAUCGGUUUCCUGGGGUCUGGUUCAUUGGUAACGCGGCACUCGGUGCCCGCGUUGCCCGCGAAAUAAGUCGCUGGGUCUGGGAGUCGUCUUCAUCAAGUCGCUGUGCUAAUCAUGAGCAGGCCUCCCUGUCUGGCAGCCCCAUAUCUAAUUAUAGUCAACAAACUUAA